UACCAACCCCCGUUUGUUUUGCGAUCGCUGUGCAAAGGGGACCUCUACGGGCUUGUCGCACGCAACCCCUGCUCUCCUCGAACACGCAAGACGCAAGCGUUAUGUCGCUGAGCAAGAAGAAAGGGUCCUUCACUCUCAGCGAUCAGAAGGCGGAAGAUGCAGAACGAAUAUCCGGCCGAGCCGGCGGGUCGAACUUGGUGCGGGUGAGGUUGCUGGAUGGAUCCGUCCUCACCGUUGGUCCUUCAGACAAAAAGAUGUUGGGUCAGGUUGCAUUCGACCAUGUGGUGCGAAAGCUGGAUCUACUUGAGAGAGACUACUUUGGCCUCAUGUAUGAAGAUGACCACAAAAAGAUGCAAUGGCUGGAUCUCCUGAAACCAAUCAAAGAAGCAGCUAAAAAGGCAGCCUUAUACCCUCUCGUUCAGGGUCAAGUUUUAUGCAGUGGAUCCAUUAGCACUUCACCGGAAUUCCAAGGAGCAGUUUUAUCUGCAGCUAAAGGAAGACAUAAGUGCAGGAAGACUGCGGUUCCCAUCAGAGUCAGCUCACAGUGUCCUGUCUUAUGUUUUGCAAGCUGACGUGGGGGACUACAGCAACAGCCACGAUGACUUGCAGUACCUCGAGCGAAAGGGAUUUCUAAUUCUUGGAAAGGAUCGGACAGCUGAGUCGUCCAUUAUCAAACUCCACAAGCUGCUGCAGGGGAAGACAGCUGACCAAGCAGUGGAAAAGUUUCUGAGAAAAACUCGGGAAUUGGACUCUUAUGGAGCAAUAUUCAACAUUGUCCAGUAUGAGGGAAUACCAUAUCGAAUGGGCAUGUCACCAUCUGGUAUCACUCUAUACCAGGACAUUACAAGAACUGCUCACUACAAGUGGCGAAAAGUUUUGCAGGUUUCGUACAAGCAAAAGCGUUUUACGCUCACACUCAAGUCAAGAUCGACUGCAGGAGGUGAGAAACGGGUGACUUAUGAAAUGGAGUCGGUGAAGCGUUGUAAGGAGACGUGGGAACAGUGUGUGGAGUGGGUCUCCUUCUACAAUCAUCACCAGGCUCGAUACAUGGAAAGUAAGUUCCUUAUGAGCAUCACAAGUGUUCAUUCUUGCACGACUCACUCGCACUCCUUCCAGGAUCAGAGAGGGAGAAUGACAAGAGUAGGUCCCCUAGUCCUCCCACCAUGAGAGAGUAUGCUACCAUCAGUGAUGCUACCCCGCAGUUCCAGGCUACCAGGCAGCAACAAAGUCCCCAGUCCAGCCCAAAUCAUGCUUCGCAACAAGAUGAACACCACUCGCAACAGGGGAACAAAGAGGAGCCCGUGAACGACAGAGGAGAGGAAGGAGCAAUGGACAGGGGAGAAAGGAGGGAAAGACACAGGGGGAGGAGAAAUGAAAAGGAAAGAGAGCACAAUCGAGAAACAAAUGGCGAAAUCUGUGAUAAGAAACCAAGAAGAAAGGAGAGGGAAGACAACGGGGCAUCUUCCGCACAUCGGCUAUCUCGGUCACCUCCAAUCGAUGCAGCGACGAGGGAAGGCAGUGAAGAGAGGGAAGGUGAGGGGGACACACUCAGAAGAAGGUCCAGAUCCUCUGCCACAAAGAUACAGAGCCUUCCUCGACGGCUACCCACCGGUGACCCAAUCUUGCAUCACAUGCUGCAGUUUCAGAGUCUCGAGUACCACUCCUCGCGAGGGACUCUGCUCUCAGACUCUGACAGUGCUGCAGAGACAACCAGUCCCAUCGUCUCCACGUGCGAUGAAAUUUCCGAGUGCCCGGAGCCAAUGGGAGGACAGCAUCGAAAGUACUCCAGGGAACAACCGAGUGCACCUGAUGCGGUCCACGUAAGAUCUUUUUCACUCCCACAGCAGUCCAGCCACGAGGAGUGGAGACACAAAGUUCAAGCUACCACUAAUGGCCAAGCCAUGGAACACUCCAGAGAGGAUAGAAGAGGCAAGUCUGACGUGAUGGGAGGCGAAAUAAGAGAUGACAGAGGCGAUCAUCAAACUGAGGCUCCACAAGAUCAGAGUGUCAGUGAAGAAAGAGAAGGUGAGCAGAGCAUCCAUGACUCCCUGGAGGAGCUAGCUGAUCUCUUGGGGGAUGAAGAGAUGACCACCGAGACAGACAAAGGUCUUCCACCGAGGCAAGGACAAGAGGGCACUGUCAGCAAACCCAAGUCACCCAACCAAAAACACAGAGCAGAAAGUGGAGUGGCAGCCGACAAGACUCCUCCAGAACUCGACAGAAAAGAACGAGAGAAAAGGAGGCGACAGAAGCAGCUCCAGAAACAGAUACUGUUACAAAGACAGCAGCUGAAGGAGCAGAAGCUUCAGGAGUUCCUCGAGAAACGAAAGCAGAAAGGAAAGAAGGACACUGCCGUGACAACUCUCGAAGAAUCGGGCAGAAAUUCAGACAAAAGGUCUCCAAAAGAGGACACCAGCGCACGUGAAAGAGGGCAGAAUUCGUUCAAACGUCAUCAGCAGCAACAUUCUCCUAGUUCUCCAAAUCGGUAUCACCCUGAUUCUGAAGCCAGGGAUGCAGCGAGAGAGAGAAAAAGGGAAGAGAGAGAUAUGGUACGCUCAUGGGCCAAAGCCCACAAAAAGGCACAAACGGAAUCUGCGAGUAGAGCAGCUCAGCAGUCUAGUCAGCCACAGAACUAUCCAAGCACUGCCACUGAAGAGCCAAUCUACAAUAGGCUUGCUCCACUACAGUCAAAGGAAGAUGAUGUUGAGAACACAGAAGUAGGGAACCGGCAGUCCACUGAAAAUCUACCUUCUUCCCCUCCGCCCCCACCUUACGAGCCUCCUUCCCCAGAACGAAAACUUGCAAUGGGCCCAGUGUCCAACAAAGGUAAUGGCCGUAGUGGGAUCCAAACGGACAUGGGGUCCCCAGCUCAACAAAGACAAAACAGCUCACACACGGCCUCAACACCACCUACUCCCCGAUUCGGAGACAAGCUGCGCGAUGGUUCUCAAUCGACUCUGUCAAACACCUCGCCUCGAAUGGCCGGUGCGGUUGUCAGCCGACCACGCCACACUCAGUCUUUUUCGGCUGGAAGUCAGCUCAGCUCGGCUUCAGGAAGCGCUGCCGGGAGCCCGCGCACUCCAACAAGAGCCCGCUCAUUGAAGACCAGUCAACACUCUCCACCUAAGCAAAAAUCUCCCUCUCUAAUCCCAAGGAGAGUUGGCAAAGAGAAUGGGGCUGUUAGUGGUUCUGUGGAGCCCUAUCCUCUGGAGCAGAGACAGUUGCAGCCUGUACACGACGAGAUGCAAAUUCCCAUUGACCCUUCAGCCCUCCAAAAAGAGGAUCUGAGUAUCGCCCCCCACAAUUUCCUCACCAGAUCAUCUUCACCACAUCAGGAUAAGCUUGACAAAGGUGGAAAAGUGGCUUCUGUGCUCCCUACCACCAAAAAACCUUCUACCCAGACUGGAACGCAAUACAAUCUAGAAACGGCAUUGCAAGAAGUGAUGAAAAUUGAUAAUCUUCCACCUCCACCAACACAUCUUCUUGAGAUAUCAGAGCAGCUUGAGGACAUAGACUAUGAUGAACUAAAUGCACCUCCGACAGCAGUAUCCAAAACUGUUCUUCCCUCUCGGGAAAACUUUGAGCAACAGCAGCUUCAGCACCAGAAUCAACCAAGUGUUGCGCAGCCAGAGAAGAGGGACGUAAACCCGGAGAUGCUUGCCAAGUCUCUGGAUGCACCGCGCAAUCCAACGUCUCAUCCUACGAGCUACCCUCCCCACAUUGCCAAGUUCAUGUCCCGCGUCCGAAACAGCUCGAUUGACGCAGACGAUCCUACACAAGCAACAAACCCUCCAAACAAAACGACCUUUCCCAACACCACAACUACAGCAAUGGACGGCGCUGCAAUGAAUGAAACAGGGCUCUCUCGCCAACAACGUUCAGCUCUACCAAAGCAGACACAAGAAUGCCUGGCCAUCAGCACUAUGAUGUCCCCAGGAAAGCACUCGGUCGUACGAUUAGCCUUGAGAAUGCAAACAAGCAACCCAGCCAGCCCUUCCCGAUGUCCGGAGCAAGACCAAGGAGCACUACACUACAAGCAGGAAGGGGACACACACCCACAACAAGUUACAGUCUACCCCGUGGCCACUACACGCCUGCAGCAACGCAACAGUUUUCUGGUGGCCCUAGGUCUCGAGAGACUACCCCUUCAUCAGUGCACUCUCACACACAUAGUGAUGUUAACCCCGAGAGUGUGUGGAGCAGAGAAGUACAGUUGCAGUCAUCGUCCACUCACUCUUUUCAGAACACCCCUCAAAACGGUCUGUUCAGGCCACAAUCCCGCCCACCCUCAGUACCAAUAAACGUCAAUCGACCGACAACAGGUGGUGGGGACUCCAUCCCAAACUCUCCGACAUAUUUCACGCAACACCAUCCACACAAGAACGAGGGUACUCCGUCUCCCGAGACUCAGUUUUUUAACCAGUCCUUCAGAGAGCAUCUCACUUCUCUUCAGCCUUCCAGAGGCACUAAACGUAUGAAUGUUGCCAGCUGGAUGCAUAGGUCUUCCGACUAUUGGAAUUCCAACAAAUCUGCUCCGUUUUUGAAAGAUACGCACGCGGCCCUACCUACCUAUCCUCUCAUUCACCCACAUCAAAGACCGCACCACUCUCUGGCAAUGACCACUCCAGUCCUUGGCUCAAAACAAAGUCACCAACAGCCUGUUCGAGCUACUGCUGCCCAGCCUUUUGCUGCACCAACUCCUCCGAUCCAAAACAGACAGUCGAACCAUCUAUCGUCUACAGCUUCUGCUACCAUGCUACAGAGGAGCUCUUACGGAGGAAUGGGAGCAUCGCAACCACUUCCAAGCUAUCCCAGGCCCCACUCUGCAAAACCAGCAACUGUUGGUGACAGUUACUAUGUUCUUGAUGUCUGAUUUCAACACUAAGUCUUGUAGCAAUAUAGAAGUACAACAUAAUGAUUUUUCAGACAAUUUUUAUCACAGUUGAGAUGUUCUUUUUUUUGUAAAACUAGUUUUAUGUGCGAGAAUUACAAAAGUCAUAAUACACGUAGGUCAGCAAAAAAAGUCACGCAAUAUCUACAAGUCAGUGCACGUUAUUACAUGCCACACUUACAGUAUGCCACAGCACGGUAGUAAUCAACUAUCAACUUUCCGGCGAUUUCUGUCACAACAUUCCAUAGAGUAUCGAAAGGUGCGUCUACAUGGGCGGCAUAGCGGCAUACUUGCAAUCCAGUCGGUAGCAAGACGGGUAUUACGCAUACAGGCAGCCUUGAUCCAUUCACACGGGUAGCUAAGUCCAAGUUCAUCUUCCCCAUAUUGAUACCGUGCACAGACUCUGCUUCCUGUACUGUGAUCCCAUAUUCUAUGCAGCCGGUGAGCCUAAAAUCAAUGUAGAGGGUUUCACAUGCUACAAGAUCAAAACGGCUGUCAGCUUCAACAAGAGAGCGGGCUGAUUCGAUGACAGCCUCCACGGGUACAGGUGACAGGUAUGGCUCCCCAGAAUAAGGCUGAGGGACAACAGCAUUUUCUAAAGUCGUCUGGAUUUCACUUGGCUCAAUAGACCUUCCAAUGACGACCAACUGUAUGGAAAAAGCACCUACAAGGCUUUCACCAGCACUGGCGCAUGGUGUAAGCUCAUACCUUUGCCUCCCGCUCAUGUGAAAGCUAUAGAGACACGAUCGAUUCUCUUGAAACCAAACGGUUCCCUUGAUUCUGGUGACCCCACGGGGAAAUUUCUUUCCAAGAAACGCCUCGAAAUCGCCCAGUCGGAAGGGCCUCUGACUCUCAAAAACAAAGGAAGAAAAUUCGUCUUGUUCGAUGUGAGUGAAAGAGGCAGCAAUGCCCUUUUCUUUUAGUCGGCGCUGUCUUUCCUGAUUCAUGCUUCCUCCGAUUUGACUUAUGGUGUAAGCUGCCUCCACGACCUCAUGCGAAACCACCUGCCUACUAGAUGUAGCCUCUUGUACCUCCAUCAGGUAGUGGAGGGGCACGGCACACUUCUUGCACGAGUAAACCUGGGCUCCAGGCACUAGCUUAGAGAUGAAGUCUUGGGCACGGCUCAGUUGCUGUUCGCUCACAAGAUCCUUCUUGUUAAGCAGUACCACGUCUGCACAUUGCAGCUGGCUAUCUGCAGCAGCUGACCGAAGCUUACUCUCACCCUCGCACCCACUGUCCAUCCCU